AGGAGGAGGAGGAGGAGAAGAAGAAGAAAAAGAAGAAGAAGAAGAAGAAGAAGAAGACGAGGAGGGAGAGGAGGAGGAGGCCAAACGGACACCAACUGAAACAAAAGUAUUUCCAAACCGGCACCCAACUCCACCUUGUGAGGCUCCCACAGCAUGGCUUCCGAGGAACUCUACGAGGUAGAGAGAAUUGUUGACAAAAGGAAAAACAAGAAAGGAAAAACAGAGUAUUUGGUGCGAUGGAAAGGAUACGACAGCGAAGAUGAUACUUGGGAGCCAGAACAGCACCUUGUCAAUUGUGAGGAAUAUAUACAUGAAUUUAACAGACGCCACAAUGAAAAGCAGAAAGAAAGCACAUUAACCAGGACAAACAGGACCUCUCCAAAUAAUGCCAGAAAACAAAUUUCUAGGUCUACCAAUAGUUCUUUUUCAAAGACAUCUUCUAAAUCUUUAGUUAUGACUAAAGAACACGAGUCAAAAAAUAGUCAACUUUUUUCUGCCACACAGAAGUUCCGGAAAAACAAUUCACCGUCGCUUUCUGGACGUAAAAAUAUGGACCUUGCAAAAUCAGGUAUUAAAAUCCUAGUGCCCAAAAGUCCAAUUAAGAGCCGGACAACAGUUGAUGGCUUCCAGAAUGAAAGCCCAGAUAAAAUGGACCAUAUAGAGCAAGAUCAAGAUGACUCUGUAGCACCAGAAGUAGCAGCAGAAAAACCAGUGGGAGCUUUGUUAGGACCUGGUGCAGAGCGUGCUAGGAUGGGGAGCCGACCAAGGAUACAUCCAUUAGUGCCACAAUUGCCAGUGCCAGUGACAGCCACAAUUGCGUCAGCAUUAACGAUAAAUGGAAAAGCAUCUCCCUGUAUUCUUCCCAGUGUUCUUUACUUCCUAUUUUCUUGUACACCCACCUUUAUGGAAGCAUUAGCAGCCAAUGGUACAACCAACAUCCAGACAUCUGUGACAGCCAGCAAGCGAAGGUUUAUUGAUGACAGGAGAGAUCAGCCCUUUGAUAAAAGGCUGCGUUUCAGCGUGAGGCAAACGGAGAGCGCGUACCGGUACAGAGACAUUGUUGUCAGGAAACAAGAUGGAUUCACACACAUUUUGCUAUCAACAAAAUCGUCUGAAAAUAAUUCAUUAAAUCCAGAGGUAAUGAAGGAAGUCCAAAGUGCACUGAACACAGCAGCUGCAGAUGACAGUAAACUUGUGCUGUUCAGUGCAGUUGGUAGCAUUUUCUGCUGUGGUCUUGAUUUUAUUUAUUUUAUACGACGUUUAACGGAUGAUAGAAAAAAGGAAAGCACUAAGAUGGCAGAAGCUAUUAGGAAUUUUGUGAAUACUUUUAUUCAGUUUAAGAAGCCUAUCAUUGUAGCAGUAAAUGGCCCAGCCAUUGGACUUGGAGCAUCUAUAUUGCCUCUGUGUGACGUGGUCUGGGCCAACGAGAAGGCCUGGUUUCAGACACCAUACACUACUUUUGGACAAAGUCCAGAUGGAUGUUCAUCCCUUACAUUCCCUCGGAUUAUGGGCCUGGCUUCUACUUGUGGUUGUUACUUUUCAUUUCUUUAGAAGUUGUGCAAAAAACACAAGCUCUUCCCUAGUGCACUCUUUCAUGUGUGUUUGUGAAUGCUCUCAUUCUUAAAUAGAAAGAUUUUAGUUGAAAUCAUCCAGUGGUAACAAUUCCAAAAUGAUCAGUGCAAAAAGGGGAAAAAAUCCACUGGUUUUAUACUAUCCUUGACUCUGCAGCAAAGCAGUGUCUCUAUGGUACAAAGCUGAGCUUUACUUAGCACAUUUCAUGAAAUAUAUUCAGAAUCCAUACUGAAGACUUUGAUAUAGAUAUAGAAGAUAUAUUUUUGAAGAUAUGUAUAGUAGAUACAGAAGUAUGUUUUUGUCUGUAAAAGAGAGAGAGAAGUCAGCAGGAAGAUGUUAUGAGUGAAAUGCAAAACAUUCAGGGGAAAAAUAUACAAAGCAAAAAAUUAAGGCCUCUGAAUGCAUCAUAAUAUUUUCUACAAAUAUAUCAAUUCAUCAGGAAUAGCUCCACCCCUAACUCUUGUAAGUCAGUCUUAUAAUGCAAUGUUGUUAGCUGCAGCUAUGUAAAAAUGUUCCAUUGCAAGAUUCCUGGAAAUAUCUUCCAUGUGGAGUCAGUCACUUUCUGUGGGUGAGCAGGUCUGUCAUGGAGGGGGAUUUCUUUUUCCCCCAUUUUCAACCAUGGGUUUAUUCCAGGAAAUUUGAAGCCCAAACUUUAGGCUUCAAAACUGAUACCAUCUUGGAACUACCAAGAAUUUUAGAAAUGUCCCUAAACUUGGCUUUUGAGUUUUGAAAAUAAUCUGUAAGACAUUGAGGUGAUGUCUGUAUGGGGAGAUGUUAUUAUGAAUCUGCCAUGGAGCUCUUGCUCUGCUUGUCAGGUCCUAGAUGUGAAGCCCAGGAGCUGUGUGAUCACACAUCACACACUGGGUCUCCCUGCCAGGCCCCAGCAUGCCUGGCAGGAUGUCUUAGCUUUCCUGUCAGUCAUGAGGGAAGCACAGUUCCUCUGUGCCUGGAGUCCCUGUCACAGCCAGGGUCUGGGGUGGUCAGAGGCCAGCUGCCCCCUGAUCAUGGUGCAGGAGAGCCGAGCUGCUCCAUGGCCCUGGUGCUGUGGCCUUGCACCAAAGAGCCCUGGUGAGCCUCAGAGUCCUCACUGAAGAGAGUCCAGAGGUUCAAGUGAAGUUCCUCUGUGGAAGGAGACAUUUUCUACUCAGAGUAGAAAGUGAAGGUUGCUAAUGAGAUUCUUAGUGAAAUAUUUUGUCACACUCAUUUCUAUGGCUGUAGUGUUUUUCUUGGAAAGUAACCACCAAGUGAGUUAAUUUUUACAGCAGGUACAAGGCAUGAUUAUGAUUAAAGCUUGUUUAGCAGUUGGUCUCCAGCAGAUGUUGUGUAUAGAUCAAAAGUGAAGAUGCCAGAGCAAGAGAUUUCCCCUCAAAGCCUGUCAAGUGAGAACAUCAAUGGGAAUGCUCAUUUCUUGUGAGAUUUUAUGCUAAUACUAUGUUACAGCUGGCAGAAAUAAGAUAACUGCACCAUUCUCACUUAGGGUGUUUCAUGUUCAGGAGAACUCAGCAGUUGCAACUAAGUUUUAGUGGGGGGGGGGAAAGAUUUUCUAGCAUUGGUUUUUAUCCUUGCAAAGAUACAUAUGAAGAAUAUGUAGCCCUGACCACCUGGCUUAAAUGCUUGCCUGUCAUAACUAUCAGUUAGAUUGACUUCACAUUUUGAUCUUUCAUAGAAAUGUUAAGUGGGUUUAAAUUAUUUUGGAAGACUAAUUUUUCCCCAACUGUGUAGGAAAAAGGAUUCCUUUUUUAGACAACCAUGUGUACAUCUCUGAGUCUUAUCUAGUAUUUCAGGUUAUUAUUAUUCACAUACAUUCUGGAAAAUGAGAAGGAAUGGUUAAUGAACCUGUUUAUUUGAUACUGUGUUCACAGAGGGUAGAACUAUAGGGUAUAGAACUCAAUCACAGUGGAAGAGAUUUGGGUUUUUGUCAACUAAUAUAUGUGAAUCACAGUUUUCCAUAGUAACUCUGAGAGAUGUGCUGAUGGUAAAAUCACAGUAAAAUACACUAGGAAGCUGGCUGGGUUUUUUUCUUGCAUUCCAAAUGGACUGGCAGUCCAGAAGCAAACUACCAGUAGAGCCCACACUUCAUAUUUCAUUACAAAGGAACAAACAAGAGACUGCAGAAUCUGCACGUUGCUUCAUGUGUAAAAUGCAAUACCAGGGACAUGGCAGCACAGCAAAUGAAUAAUUGUUUAUGAAGUUAAUAAUUAAUUAUUUGAGAUCCUUAACUGAAAGUUGCUGAAAUAAUUACCAGAUGUUCCGCUACUGGAAAAUGUUAAAAACCUCAGUAUUUUUCCCUCAGAAGUGUUACACCUGUCAGGUUUGUGUUUUAGAACAGCCUUAUUUCCUAUAUUUCAUGAAUCCAGUAAUGGCUUUGUCAUAUUUUUCAGUGGAAAUAAGUCGUUAUGAAACUAUAGCACUAAUUUUUUUUUUGAGGCUGAUUAUUACUCUGAUUUUUUUAAUUUCCACUGCCUGUUUCCAUGUAAAUGUCACUGCAAACUGUAUAAAAGGCUUCACUAAAGCUAGAAUUAAAGUGGCUGUAGGACAAAACUUUAAUGGGGAAAUUGGUACAUAGUAAAGUGCAUGAUAAUUACAAA